AUGGAGCAUCGUCUUAUCAAUGUAGAGACGAAUCAAGCAAUCAUUCUAGAGAAGCUCGACCAACUGCUAACGGCGCAAUCCCUAGUCGAGGUGCCAGUUGUCGAUGAAGCAGAACUUGCUGAGACGGUUGCCCUCAUUCCCCACCCAGUGGCUCUAAAUACCAAGGGGAAGAUGGUGAAGAAAGCUAACAAGGAUGAUGUCAAGCACCUUCUCCUUCAAGGCUACCACCAGUUUGAAGGUGGUGCUUUGAUCAAAGCCAAGACGGACAUCAAGCACAUCCGGGAGCGUGUUGUGGUCGUAUUAGAGAAGAGAUUGCGGGAUCGUGCUGACAACAGCGCGACCUGCUACUUUGCUAAGCUGCAAAGCAAGGAUAGCAACUGGGCUAUCAGCCUUUUCACGAACCUGGCAAAGAAGCAGGGAAUUGAUUUUGCUGUCUGCUAG